CAAUUUCCAUAAAACUGUUAAAUAAAUUAAAUAACAUUUUAUAAAGUAAUAUUUUUAUUAAAAAAUUGUAAAUAUAAAAUAAAAGUUGUUUUAUUUUAUUGUAAAACUCUCAGGUAGCUUUUCCCUCACAUACAUGUCCUUAAUCUAAAAAUGCAUUAAUUUCCUUGAACUUAAAUAAAUCUUCUAAAGGUUUAAUGUUUAUUUUUGUUUGUGUGUUUUGCUGACUUGUUGAAAAUCGAGUUUUAAACCUUCCUUUAGGCAUGCAGACACAGGCAUCUUCAUUUUUUUACCCCUUCUUUCAUUAGUUUUAAAGGUGAUCAAGGUUUUGCAACUAUUUCAAACAGGAAAACAGAAAAAAAGAAAUAUGUAAAAAAUAGUUAACAUUAAAAAUGUAAGUAGUUUAUUAUUAGUCAUCUUUUUGCAUAUCUGACAGCUUACAAUCAUAAGUUUCAGAUCAAAACAGAUGCAGGAAAUAAUAAAAAUAAAGCUAAAUCCCAUGACAAUUAAAACACACAAAAAGAGGUGCUUGUGCUUUUAUCCUGUGCCAAAGUUAAUACCACGAAUGCUGACCUCCUCAUAUUUUUUGGCAGGUUUCCUAGAAUCAGGGACAUUAUGUUAAAGUGAUACGGGAGGACAAACAAUACCUGUAACCAUCUUGAAUGCUCACAUCCCUCCCCUGAAGUUUAGUGUUCCUGUCUCCACCCAUCGUCUCCACCCACCAUCACAUUCCUUUUCCUGCUGGAGGACAGACUCCAAAUCAUUACCUGACUACUUUGACAUGACUUGGAUCAGGACAAUCGUCUGCCUUUGUUCUUCUUCAUCCUGUGAGAGACCCAAAUCAUCUCUCCAUCUGGCCUCAAACAGGAAGGAACUUUUCUCAUGAUCGUCUCUCGAAUCCCUCCUAUUUCCAUCCUUUUUGAGUUCUAAGAUUUUCUUCACAAAAGACAUGAGGAUGGAAACAUUCUCCAGGUCAGAAAUUUUGCAGGAGUUGAAAUCACGAACUGUCUCUCUUGCUGCUAACAACAACCGGGGCUUUAAACAAGAGUUCAGGGAGCUCAGUGAAGUUGGCAAAGACCUUCCCACCAAAGCAGGUACAACAGAGGCCAACAAAGAAAAGAACAGAUACCCUUUUAUUUUGCCGUAUGAUCACAGUCGGGUGAGGCUGUCCGUUCUGAACCAAGAUCCAGUCUCUGAUUACAUUAAUGCAAAUUUUGUGCCUGGCGGAGGGUCGGAAAGAGACUUCAUCUGCACCCAGGGUCCUUUGCAAAACACCUUGCCAGACUUCUGGAGGAUGGUGUGGGAGCAAAACGUCAGGAUAAUUGUCAUGGUGACAUCUCUGAAGCAAAAACACACUAUUAUGUGUGAAAAGUACUGGCCUCUGGAAUCUGGGACCAUGUACUGUGGAUCAAUUCAAGUGACAACUGUGACUCGCAAACAGGUCACAGAUUUUUUUGUAACAACCAUAAACCUGCAACAGAGAGGGAACCCAAACGACAGAAUAAUUACACAUUACUACUAUCCGACCUGGCCAGAUCAGGGUGUCCCGGACCCUUCGUCUCUGUGCAUGUUCACUGAGCAUGUGCGGCAGCAUCUGGAGGUCAUUCCUCGUCUGGGGCCGGCUGUGGUGCACUGCAGUGCAGGCGUUGGGCGGUCAGGCACAUUUGUCACCUUGUUGUGGCUAAUGCAGCUGUGCAUGCGAGGGAUCCAGCCGAACAUCAAAGCUGCGGUGGAGGACCUGCGGCUCCAUCGAAUGUACAUGGUUCAGACUCCGGAUCAAUACAUACUAAUUUAUCACUGUCUGCUACACUGGCUCAGUGGAGGAGCUAUAGGAAGCAGGUCUCAGAGCCAAGGAGCAAAACUGAACGCCAACCAACAAGCUAAAGUCAGCUCUUCAGGACGAGGAGACAAAGCAGGAAGGAGAAGACGCUCCUCCCAACAGCAGACACCCCCAACUCCACAAUCGGAGAACUCCGUGCAGCAGAUUUUAAAGCCGGGUAACCUGCUGAGGAGGUUACUGCCCUCCUUAUCGAAUGUGAAGACGUCAAACAGCUCCUGAUGACAUUCCAGAGGAUGGUUAGGCAGGAUUCUGGCCCACAUGAGCCACCUCCAGUGAGGGCAGCAAAGACAAAAAAUGCUUUGUAUACAAUACAAGAACAUUUCCUGCAGGCAGAAAACUGGCCUAACAUUCAUGCUGAAAAGACACUUGUACGUAAAGGGCGCCAUCGCACAACCAUGAAAGAACAAUGAAUGUAUCCGAAUUGUUUUCAGUGAAGUUUUUUUAAGAAACUUUUUUUUUUUACUUUAUACAAGUUUCUGGUCACAGCUUGUGCAAAUUUGAAGGUUUUUUUUGUUGAUUUCAUGUAGUAGUUCUUUCUAAAUGUACGUAUAUUCAUACGUGUCUGUGAUACUUAAGUUUUUUUAUGAGAAGGAAAAAUGAAAUAACUUUGCACUUCAAGUUAAACCUGUUAUUCUACUCAUCACUUGAGUUUCACGAGAAACAAGGGCUGCUACAUUUGCACAAAGACAAAAGAAAAAAAAACUGCAGGCAGAGCAACUUUCAGGCCAUGAAGAAAGCCUAAUCUGCACUGUACUAUUAAAAGUCUACCG